AUGUUCAUAUUCAUAAGUUGGAUAAUUGCUAUCAGUUUAUCAUUUGUGUCGUAUUUAUUUGGCAUACAAAUUGAAUUUGAUUUGACGAGGAGAUUUAAUUUAUUCGCCAUUUAUUGUGGAUGCGUUAUCAUUGUUGGAUUUAUUGUCUGUGGUAUUCUGUAUGGUCUGCACCUUGAUUGGGUAAGUAUUGAUUGA